GUGACGUCAUACAGGAAGUGCACUGGAUCCUCCGUGUGGCUCGAAGUUGCCACCUCUUUGUUGUGCUUUAAAAUUGCGCUUUGUUUAAUUUGAUUCAAAAGCGACAUCCGCCCAGGGAAAAAGAUGUGCAAUUUCGAUAAAGAUAAAGGGCCGAGGAGGCUCAUGAAAAAGGGUUUGGUUCUUAUCCUGGUUGGUCAUGUUAACUUCAUCCUUGGAGCCAUUGUCCACGGCAGCGUCCUUCGCCACAUUUCCAAACCCAGCCAGCAUAUCAGCACCGAGUACACGGUGACCAACAUCAUUUCUGUCACCUCUGGACUUCUGAGUAUUGCUUCAGGGAUUAUAGCAAUUGUUGUAUCAAGGAACUUGCGGAUUGUGAAACUGCAAAUUGGCCUUUUGAUCUCCUCCUUCCUAAAUGCCUUGCUCUCGGCAGCUUGCUGCACCGGACUCAUCUUAGCUAUUAGCAUCACUGUUACUCACCAGGGAAAAGGUUUGAUGAUGGGAUGCAACGAAACAGUGGUGCCCAUCAACGCUCGGUCUCCUGUCGGUGCCCAGUGUCCAUUUGACUCGACACGAAUCUAUGAUACCACCUUGGCUCUGUGGAUCCCCUGUGCCGUGCUGUCGGCAGCAGAGACGGGCCUGUCGGUGUGGUGCUUCAUCGUCGCUCUCACUCUCAGAGGACUGUUGCCCUGUGGGAACAAAUACAUCAAAGAGCAGCUGGAGGAAGACGCCGAGUCCUUUCCCCACAGCCGGCGUUUGAUUGGACAGAAAGGAAACCCUGAAGCUUGAAAAGGCAGAAUAAACUAGUAAAUGAGUAGAAGCUCUGAAUGCUUUCAAAAAGUCACUUUUCCAAGUGAUUGUCUCCAUCUGGUGCCACACUUGAAUGUUCAAAAAGACUUAAUGCAGUUUCUGCAAUACUAUGCAGAACUUAGUGGGCUUGCAGAAGGACUCAGUGUUCGAAUAUCUAUGUAACGCCACAAUGAAAUGUCAAGUAUCGUUUCAGUGCUGGCGAUAAGCCUUUUUCUCUGAUUGGGUUUUGUAUCCCCAAGAAUGUUUAGUAUUUUCACAUCAUUUUGUUUGUGAUUAAACAUAUUGUUUUUACAAUCUUUUAUUAAAAUCAAAAUCAGAAAUAUUUCCUAAUUUUAGUUUUUGUUGUAUUCGAACUGCAUUUAAUUAUUUUAAACAAAUAAUGGGGAAUUUUACAAGUGAUUACUUUUAUAUAUACAUAUGUGCCUUAAAUCUGCUACUGUACUGUUUAUUGUAUGCUUGAAAUUUGUAUUCUAGAGGAAAACAAUAAAAAUGAACGCUACACAUCCUGCAAAAUGGAGCUCGGUUAAUGAAGGAUUUCAGUUUUCAUGAUUUGUAAAAAUGAAAAAAAAAAAAGUGUAUUCAAUAUAAGAGCAUUUCACUCAACCCUGUUAUGCCAUUUUUGCGGUAGACUACAGAUUACAACUACCUGAUCACUGAAAAAUGUAAUAAUAAAUCAAGAUUACCAAACAUUUAGCUUUCUUCUGCAUUGAUACUUGUCAUCUUUUUGGAAAAAAAAUGUGUUCCAAAGAUACAAAAAAUGUAAAUAAACUUCUGUUUAUUCAA